AUGGCAGCGGUUCCGUCAGCAGCAACCGAUUCUGAGAGGAGACCAUCCCUAUCGGGCGCCAGUAUAAGAGGAAGCCUUCGUCAAGCUCGCGGCUCUAUUGUCUCUAUCCCUGGAUCUCCCCAUACGCCGCAACAACAACGCCCGAUACUAUCUCCCUAUACAGGAACCUCGUCCCCGGGCUCUUCGUUUCGUCAGGAGGAAGAUGCAGCAGUACUAGAAAUUGGCUCGAGGUGGCUUCGUGCCGGGUUUGAAGGAAAUAGCAUGCCUACCUGUGUGACUGGGUUCGGAACAGAAGAAGGUAGAAGGGUUGGUGAUUAUCGAGGUUGGAUUAGGAACAACAACAGAACUGUGAGGAAACGACUUACUUAUGAUGUUGAGACAUGGUCAAAGAAUUAUGAGCUUUGGACCUCAGAUCUCCGGGGCUUUGAUAUCCAACUAUUUGAGGAUAGGAUCGAGCGUGCUAUUCGAGAAGUGUAUAACAAAUAUCUGCUCACGGACGCUGGUUCCUCAAGGCUAGUGCUUGUUAUACCCUCAAUUGUCCCUCAUCCAUUGCUGGCAUCACUUUUGUCAACUAUAUUCCACCGCUGGAAAUAUCCUAGUAUUACGUUAUUGCCAACUGCAGCGAUGGCGACUGUAUCAGCUGGUUUACGGUCAUCCCUUGUUGUAGACAUUGGAUGGGAGGAAACUGUUGUUACUGCUGUUUACGAAUAUCGAGAAAUCCGGUCAAAACGAAGUACUCGCGCCAUGAAGAUGAUGAUGUAUGAAAUGGGGAAGAUGCUCAGCAGUGUUGUUUAUGAUAUCGAGGGAUCUAGUUCUAGGGGGAAAGAAGGCUCAAUAUGUAUUCCAUUUGAGCUUUGUGAGGAAAUUUUGGUACGACUGGCCUGGUGCGAGAAAAGUUCUCAGAAUAAUGAAGACUCAGAGUUUAUGAGUGCGCACUCCGCUCCAUCUACAGUCUCAGACGGCGGCAAUAGGGAUACUUAUUCUCGCUCAUUGGACUCAAAAGUGUCCAUUCCCUUGCCGGUUGGAUCUGAUUCGAAAUACACGGAAAUACCCUUUUCACAGUUCUCACAGCCCACGGAAACUACUUUAUUCGGUGGGCUAUAUGAAACCCGAGAUUGGGAUGACGAAGACAUGCCCUUGGAUAUUCUAAUAUAUUACUUCCUUCUGUCACUACCACCAGACCUUCGAGGCACCUGUAUGUCACGGAUAGUGUUUACAGGCGGCGGUGCGAACAUUCCAGGAGUACGACAACGCAUAUUAGAUGAUGUAAAUGCCCUGAUUGAAAAGAACCAAUGGUCUGUAUCUCGGGGAAAAUUCUUAAACAAGAGGAAGAGCCGUUUAUACGAACAGAGCCAAAACGCAAACUUCACGCCAUCAACCACGGACGAACCCAACCCUACGUUCCGGGAGCCCCCCGAGCUAGAAUCAAAUUUUAUCGAUGAGAAAAUGGAUCUAAAACGGAAAGAUGAUAGACAUGUUCACGGAGUACUUCGCCAAGUAGAAUCGAUGGGUCCGUGGACUGGAGCUAGUCUUCUGGCCAGCCUCAAAGUCAGGGGUAUGGUAGAAGUUGAACGUGAGAAAUAUCUGCAACAUGGCCUGGCUGGCGCCAACCGUGAUUAUGAACUGAACCCACCUGAUCGGAGAUCCGGUCAUGGACCAGGAGCUGCUCGAGCAGGCGGAGACAGGUCCAGCUGGACCCUUGGCGAAUGGAGAUGA